AACGGCGACGAAACCGUUAUAAACGAUUCGGUCGAUGGCUUGAUGACUUUGACCUCGGCUUAUUGUUCGACCGGGAGCAAGUUGCCCGUCUCUGUGCCUCGCUAGCACCCCGUGGGUGCGCUGUGCGGCUGCUGAGUGAGGACCAAAGGAACCAUGCCCAUCAUGCCCCGUGCCGAGCACGGCACUAGAAUAGAGGGCAGUGGAAGCGAACGCCGCUAUGCUCGAACCAAAGUGUUGGGCCGCGGUGCCUUUGGUACCGUUUUUCUGGUCGAGGAUACCGAAACGCGCGAAAAGGCUGUGAUGAAGAAGGUCAUCUUGACAGGCUUAUCCCGCAAAGAACUGGCCGAUACGACAAAUGAAGCCCAAAUUAUGAGCCGUCUCAGCCACAAAAACAUCAUAGCAUUUUUUGAUAGCUUUGUCGAGGGUGAUGCCCUCUGCAUCAUCAUGGAGUAUGCCGGGGGCGGCGAUCUGGAUCAAGUCAUUCGCAACUCCAAGCGCGAUGGCACCUAUUUGGAAGAGCUCCGCAUCUGGCACUACCUGAUCGACAUUGCCCAGGGUUUGGCCUAUCUUCAUGAUCAACGUGUGCUACAUCGUGAUAUCAAGCCGUCCAACGUUCUCCUCGACCAUCAGGGCAUGUGCAAGAUUGCCGACCUGGGCUUUAGCCGUCAUCUCCGGGCGUAUGAGCAGCAAGCACGUAGCACUGUGGGCACACCCUUAUUCUCAGCCCCAGAACUUUGUCAGGACCUGCCCUAUGGAGAAAAGGCCGACUGUUGGGCCCUAGGGUGCCUCCUCUACGAGUUAACGGCGCUUACGACGCCUUUUCAAGCCACCAAUGCCGUAGCCCUAGCUGGAAAAAUUGUCAAGGCAACGCCCGACCCCCUCCCCAAACAAUACAGUGUUGAGCUCGCCUUUUUAUGCGAUCGCCUUCUAGAAAAAUCCCCAGAGCGACGCCCCAGUGCAUGGCAGGUGUUGCAAUACCCAGCCACCUCAAUCCGGGCCGAACAUCGGCAGCUGCAGCAGCAAUUGGCCGCCCGACCAUCAACCCCGCCACCACCGCACAAUCAACACGACGACAGCGAGGCGCUGCGCGCCAUCAUUCGUGAGCAGUCUCAACUCAUUCGUGAUUUACAGCAAGACCUGGCCCACGCUGACCUGGCCCGCGCCAGACUUCAGACAGAGUUGCAGUUGGCACACCAGCGCCCACCCGCAUCGCACUCGCGACUGACUCCCACCUCGGCCCCAGCUCUGCCAGUGUCACGCUCUUCGCCACCCAUCAUCGCCGGUCCUGAACCGGAGGGCGCCGAUUCAAAGCACUUUGCGAUGGACUGGGAACCCCACCUUCUGUCACCUAAGCCCACCCGCGGAAUUAGCCACUCACCACAGGAGGCUGUGACCGACAGUGGACCCAGCACCGAUGCUGUCUUUGUGAGCACGCCCGCGCGACGUGUAGUCGCGCCCUCAACCAGCAACUCUGACUACACUGACCCCAUGCAACGUCACAGCGAACUGCGUCAGCGGUUGUUGGGUUCGUUUGAUGAGCGGGUCGUGCAACGUGGGGCUGACAACCGGGCGCUCGGCUCGCCCAUCUGUACUCAGCCCUCCAAGACGGGCGCGCUCGCACGCCUGCACGAACGUCAGCGUGGACUGGACACCGUGUCUGCCUCGGAGCCACUGGUGCUGCCACCAUGGGAUGUGUCCCCUCAACCCGACCGAGCGCCAACCCACGGACCUUGUGAUGCACUGCAUGACAUCUCCAACGUUGGCGCGAUAACUGACCUGGACCAUCGGCCGCCAGUGUGCCUCGAUGCCGUGACGGAACAUCUCGAGAUGGAGCACGAACGGGCAAUAGCAAAUAUUCGCGCCGAGCUACCUCUGACUGGAUCUGCUCACUUGCCCCAGGUGCGAGUGGGUACCGGCUCGUCCCCUGCGCGUCGCCACACCGCGGAUCUGACAAUGGCUGAUUUGGAAGUGGGCAGCGACAAGUUGAGGCGAGGUCAACCGAGUCGGACGCGAUCCUUGGAAAUCCAGUCACACGCCAAAUUGGCAGGAUGGCCCGAUGGGGCCAGUGAUUCCCUUGAGGAGAGUGCUAUUGCCGAGCACUCUGAUGGGGAGCUGUCGUUGCUCGAACUUGUCCGCUCCCUGGGCGAGGUGUAAAUCAAGCCGUGGUGAUGCGACAUGGCGGGCCGUUUUCGCUUGCCUGUGUCCAUGUUUUUAUAUUUGUUCUUUUUUUUUUUAGACUUUCCACCUUGGUGUUUCGAAUUGUGCUGUGAUCGCGAUGUGCGCCCUUGAGGUCCGGGCCCUGCCUGAAUGGGGCGCGUGCCUUGACGGAUCCGCGGUUCAGGAUUUGUGCCGAAUUUGGUUGUUGCCAUCCUUGUAAUAAGAGAAUCAGACAUAAGUGUACGUAUGUGACCGCGCUUCAUGCCCAGAUGAAGAGGUAGUCUGGCUGAUGGCUAUCUAUUAAAUUGACGGCUAGACUC